GUCAAAAGUAUCAUUAAUAAGAAAAUCAGGGAAAUGAAAUAGACAGAUAGAUAAGAAAUAAAGGGCCUUAAAUUAAGGAGAGAAGUUUUGCAAUUAUUGAAAAGUCCACAAACCCUAGCCAACCACUACCCCAAAUUCCAAUCAAUCAUCAAAUAUAGUACACUUAUACAAUAAUAAUAUCAAAAGGAAAGCACCAAGAAAAUUCACAACCAAACUCUCUUUUUUCUCACUCUUUUUUUAUUCUCCUCCAAACAAUACUCUUUUUGCUGUCCUGAGAACACAUAAAGGUUCUAUCUUUGGUGUAUAUUUUGGGUAUAUCUGUUGUUUUCCUCAGGGUGAUAAUAGAGGACUGAGAUCUAGUGUUUCAAAUGUGUUCUACGAGUUGAUUGUACUAGAGUGAUAUUUUCUGGAGAUAAAAAAGCUUUAGCUUUAGCUGAUUUUGGAGUCAUGCCAGUUUCCGGGAACGAAGAGCCUGGGGUUCUUGCCCGGCAGUCUAGUAACUCUUCGUCAGGUAUCCCGCUUAAGAAGAGAUGGUACUCUAUGUUCCAGCCUCCUUCACCUGUCCGUGCUGAGCCAUAUUCUAUAUCUAAUGAAAUUGAAUCCAACACCAAAGAUUCUGGCUUGGGCCAAGGAUCGACCUUGAAUUCCUGUGAUAGUACAAGUAAAUCCGAUACUUCCAAGGACUCUCUUCUAGAGGUAAAAGAAGAAAGGCCUUCAGGCGCAAAAGUUGACUCUCAACCUACUAUGCUACCAUUUUUAUCCAUAUCUCCAGAAGCAAAUCCUAAUACUAGCUCCGGUCCUUCAAGAAAUGUAAACAAUCAAGUGAAACCAGCAUUGGCCGAAAAAUUAGGGAACCAGGAACGUCUAGGUACGACAAUAGUGACUGUCAAGAAGGAAGUUAUUGCCAAACAAGGGGAAGGCCACGGUAAACUUGAACUUCCAGCCAAUUCAGAGCACUUUGAACUGUCAUUAGGCCCAAAGGAACCUCGUGUUUCUUCUUUGGUUGAUCCGAGUACUGAAGGGAGUGGCCUGAUGCGUGGAACUGUAAAUCCUUCAUUGCUUUCUCUGUCUUUGAACAAAGGGAAGGACAUUUCCCAGGACGGAAGUUGCAUGACUGGAUUGAACAACAAUGAUGCUGAUGAUACUGCACGCACUAAUAGAUGUAACUGGGAUCCGAGUACUGAAGGGAAUGGCCUGAUGCGUGGAACUGUAAAUCCUUCAUUGCUUUCUCUGUCUUUGAACAAGGGGAAGGACAUUUCCCAGGACGGAAGUUGCAUGACUGGGUUGAAUAACAAUGAUGCUGAUGAUACUGCACGCACUAAUAGAUGUAACUGGGAUCUGAAUACUCCCAUGGAUUCAUGGGAGGGUUCUGGUGAUGAUGUUCCUGUUCAAGAUGCAGGUCAAGUUGAUAUGUUACCUAAGACAUCUAGUUCAUUAGAUAUAAAGCCGGCUGUUAGUUCUGCUUCUGUUAUUGGUGCUAAUGGUGAUAAAGGGAAGCAAGUUGUUCAAGCUAGUGAGCAGGAAUUUAAUUUUCCUAUCUCAAUACAUCCUAGCCCACCAUAUAAGUCCGCGGAUGUGCUUCGUCUUAGUCUUGGUAGUACUUUAAGAGGGUUGGACCCCUCAGUACUGCACUCCUCCGUACUGCAGUCAUUGGGUAAAGUGGACUCUAGCAGGGUUAGUCCAAACUCGAGUUUGCUGAAAACUCAGGCAUUGAAUAGAAACAUGAAUUCCCCCACUUGUAAAUCUGUUAAGUCAGAACCUGUUGAAGAAACCUUGGUACAAGCUAAUGAUGGAACUGCGUGUCGUCCAGCUGGAACAUUGGAGGCUAAUGUAGUAAAACCUGAAGUUCUGAGGCAGAAUAUGCAGUCUAUUGAGUUGUUAACUAAGGGCCCUCAGAAAUUAGUUGAGCAAAAACCAAUGAAAUGCGAACCACAGGAGGUUAGCCCAGAAAUAUCCAUGACAUCAGAUGUGAUUGCGCACCAAUCAGUUGGAAGGGUUUUGCAGCUUCAGGAGAGUUCGUCGUCUUCUUGUUCUUCUUCUCCUUCUUCUACACUGCCAAUGCCUUUGACCCCUCAACAGGGAUGCCCUUCUAGAUUGUCUACCUGCUCAGACUUGUCUGUGAGUGGUGGGGACUUGUCUACUCCAUCCGAGUACUCUGUUCAAACCAAUGAAGCUAAUAGAAGUAAAGAUGCUCUAGAUCAGGCAAAUGCUGAUGUUGCUGCUAAAAAUCCAAACUUUGACCUGAAAGAAUCAAAUGUAUCCAGUGAUAAAGUGGAGGCAUCUGUUUCAGAGGGCAUGGAUAUUGGAGAUCACAAGAUAUGCAAAAAUACCCAAGAACCACAUAAUUUGGUUACAAGUGGUGAGGGAUCAGCAAAUGAUGAGGAGAAGAUAAGCAUAUCAGCUGGCACAGAAGAAGAAUGUUAUGGUUCUGAUUAUGAAUCUGAUGGUCAUCAUGCUUUUGUGGGACUUGUUGACACUGCCAGUGGGUGUGGCAGAGAGGAUGAGGAAUAUGAAGACGGUGAGGUCCGAGAACCAAUGAUGCAGUCAAUUGCAGAAGACCCAAUUGCUGAGGGGAUGGAAUCAGAGAAUAAUGACUCUUCUGUCAAAAAUCAAGAAUCUCACUGCUUCAACAAUGAUGAAAAGGAUUACAGUGUACCAGUUCAUACUGAGUCUAAUGCUGACUUUGUGAAAGGAUGUGAAGACAGAGAUGACAAAAUUGAUCAUAAAGACGGUAACCUGCAGAGUCCAUUAUUAGAUAAAGAGGAAACAACUGGUGAUGAUGAUCAGAGGCUUAUUGGCGCUAUUCAACAAGGACCAGCUGGUCAAUCGGGAAUAGCAGAUAUGCAGAAGGGAUGCGAAAAGGAUGUCUUAUGUGACGGACCACCUGCUGGAAGCAGUGGGGCUGGCAGAAUUGUUGGCGAGGCUAAUAAUGAGAAUAUUGGAAGAUCUGAUAUGUCACCAACAGCCACAUCAUCUUUGCAAAAUGCUGAAACAUCUGUUAAUGCUAACUCCAGUAAAGAUUUGUCAAAUUUUGGAGGCAAGAGCCGGAUUAUCAGUUUACCUCGUGCAACCAAUGUGUCAUCUCCUAGUAGUUUCAGACCUUUUACGGGUAGGUCACUGUCUUCAAGAAGUGGAAGAGAAAGGUAUUCUGAUAUGGAGGAGGAGAAAUUCCAUCUACGAAGGAAUAGAGAUGAAACUUAUGCUGACGGUCCUAAGUUUGUGCGAGAUAGGAUUCAGGACCGGUCAUUUGGGAGCUCAAGGGGGAAUAUUCAGGAUCGGUCAUUUGGCAGCUCAAGGGGGAACUUCAUGCGGGGAAGAGGGAGGGGCUCGGCCCGGUUUGACAGUUCACGUAGAGAAUGGGAUUCUGGGCGUGAUUUUGAAAGCUAUGGUGUAGCUGAUUAUCGGUUUAGACCUAAACGUAGAGCUGCUGUUGGGGAAUCUGAAAUUGAUCGUAAUGAUGGACCGGAUGGUCAUUUCGUUCGGGGUAAUACAAAGUUUAACACAAUGCAGAGAAGAGGUUUCACUCGAAUGCGGUCUAAAUCUCCCGUUAGAUCCCGUACGCGUUCCCCUGGCCCUUGGUCAUCUCCCCGGAGGAGAUUGACUGAAGGAUUUAAUGGUCUACCAGAUUCAUCUCAUCACAGGUCCCCAGCUAUGUACAGGGAAGAUAGGAUGAGGUCUUCUCCACGAACUUCUUUUACUGAAGAGAUAGUUCCUCGAAGACGUGAUUCCCCCUCGUAUACUGCUCGACGUCUGAAUGAUAUGAGGGAUGUGGACGCUGUACAGGAGCACGGUCAUCCGAGGUCUCUUUCUAGCAGAAGAAGUCCACCUGAUAGGGUAUUUACUAGAAGCAAUAGGAGACUUGAGAUUAUAGAUCGUCGGGAGAGGGCUGAUGGUGAUGAGUACUUUGAUGGGCCGAUACACACUGGUAGAUUUUCUGAGCUUCGCAGUGGUGGAGGUACUGACGAGAGAAGGAAGUAUGGUGAGAGGCGAGGAGGACCUGUUCGUUCUUUUCGUCCUUAUAACAGUGAAAAUGACAAUUUCCGUUUCCACCCAAAUGGUGGCCCUAGACCUUUUAGGUUCUAUCAAAAAGCUGAUGCAGAAUUCGUUGAAAGAAGUAAUACUAGGGAGAGAGAAUUUGAUGAUAAUAUCGAGGAUCGACCUUUACCUAGGCGAAUGAGAAAUGUCGAAGAGCAAGAAGGUGGUAAUUCUAGACAGAGUGGGCAGAUUUGGCAUGAAGAGGAAUUUGAUGUCUCAAGGUUGAAGAGAAGAAGAUUUUGACUUUAUAAACCUGGUGGAAUAUAAGCAGCUGUGCCAUGGGAAACACUGUUUCUGCAACUUUUAGUUCCUGAAAGCGAAUUCUUGUUCCUUGCUGACAGGUACGGGUAAAUAUGCUUCGUGUAACUGUGGAACAGAGUCCGACUUUUAAAUGCUUCUAGACAAAUGAAAUGUUGAAGAGAAAGAAGGGGACUCUAGACACAACAAGGGUCUGGCCUGAAGAGGAGUUGAUGUCUCAUUGAGAAGAAGCAGAUUUUGACUUAAUAUCCCAUUGAACCACGAAUCUUUGGGAAGUAUGAAUUAAUGCAGGUCUUUGCUUCAGGGAAAAGAAGUCUCGUCGCUAGUAGGCUGUCCAAGGAACGUGCUUUUACCAUUGCUGCCUGCAUUUUGUUCUUUUGGAGGAGGAAAAUACUAGUUUAAGAUGCUCUACUAUGCUGGCUUGAAUGCUAUUUUUACUAGUUUAAGUUGCUAAUAUGCAUGCUGGCUUUGUGCAAAGCUUCUGGUUUAAAUGACUGGGUUCGGUGGUUUUAACCAGCUGAUGAUGACCAGUUAGACAAACAGGUUGGUGAUGGGAAAUUGUCCAAGGUCAAUUAUGCAGGUUAAGUAUGAUAUAACAAUAACACCAUCUAUGAGAACCAAUAUCAUUGAGAUGGAUGUACAUACUACCUCAUUUGCAUC